CUUCUUGUGAAUAACUACUACGUACAUAAAAAUUGUCUGCCUUUCAAGAUGCCAACUUGGAAGAGAAAAAAUUAACUAAUCAAUAUUCUCCCAUAUUAACCUUUUUGUUGUUACAGAAGAGCAAAUACCUCCCAAAGACAUGACGAUUACAAGAGAUGGAAACAGAGUGAUCUCGCUAAUGGGUGAACCUCCCGUUAACUGUUCAGAAAGUGAACGGAAGCAAUAUAUUGAGAGUGCAAAUGAAUCCGCCCUCACACCGCUUUGCAAACACCCGUUAAAUCACUCAUGGACUUUGUGGUAUUACCAGAACAUAAGGUCAAAUUCCUGGUUGGAAAACCAGAAAAAGGUUUCUACGUUUUCUACGGUGGAAGAUUUUUGGUCCUUGUACAAUCACGUGGAACAGCCCUCCAGAAUUAAUUCCUCCAAUGACUACUCUGUAUUCAAGUCCAACAUCAAGCCCAUGUGGGAAGAUCCGGCCAAUAAGAAAGGUGGAAAAUGGACCUUGACCCUGGAUAAGCGCUUCAGGUAUCAGAUGCUGGACGAAUACUGGCGUGAGAUCCUGAUGGCCAUGAUUGGCGAAACCUUCGGAGACAAUGGAGACAUCGUGAAUGGUGCUGUGGUCAACGUGCGUAAUAGUAGGGAUAAAGUGUCAUUGUGGUUAGCAAAUGCCCAAAAUGAAACCAAUAUUUUGGCAAUUGGCCACUCACUCAAAGCCAGAUUGGGUCUGGGGAAUGCAUUCUCACUCUGCUUUGAGGCCCAUGAAGACAGCCAAGUGAAAAUUGGGUCCACAGCCAAGACUCGCUUUACGAUAUAAUAUAAAUCAUGUUUCCAGGCCCAAAGAAGGACAAUGCCAAAGUAUUCACCUCAGAAUAAUGAGUGCCAACCAAUUAUUUGAUGAAAUUACCAUUUUCAAGCGUUUUUCAGAAAAAAAAAUCAUCUCGUGACCAAUUUGUGUCUCUCGAAAAAUGAAGAAAUACUGGCCUCAACAGGUCGAAAGAACCUGA